AUGAAGCAGUCAUGCAGUUAUUGCCUUUGGUCUGUGUGACUAUAUUUGUUGACUUCUCAAGAGCUCUUAGACAACGACGGGUUGUAACGCCGGCAUUCUCCUUCCCAGAUGUGGUCAUUAUCGGAGGAGGCCACGCCGGCUGCGAAGCCGCCGCGGCUUCUGCACGUGUCGGAGCUAAAACGCUCCUCAUCACCGCACGUAAGGAAACUAUAGGUGAAAUGUCCUGUAAUCCUUCCGUUGGCGGAAUUGGAAAAGGAAAUAUCGUAUGUGAAAUUGAUGCCCUAGACGGGAUCAUGGGCAGAGCUGCUGAUGAGGGUGCCGUCAUGUACCACCUACUCAACUCCAGUAGAGGCCCUGCUGUACGUGGACCCAGAGCACAAACAGAUAGGGAUGUUUACGCCCGAGCGGUGCGACGCCUUAUCAAUAACUAUAGUAAUUUACACGUGGAAGAAGGGAUGGUUGAUGAUAUCGUAGUCGAUGGAGGUGCCGUUAGGGGAGUUAUACUGUCCAAUGGCCGCAAUAUAAAUUGCAAAUCGGUGGUUGUCACCACUGGAACCUUUCUCAGAGGACGCUGUCAUCGUUCGAAAAACCUGAUACCCGGGGGACGCUUUGACAGGCUAAACCAGAAUUUUGAACUACCAGCUGAAGGGCUAUGCUCAACCUUUAAGAGGUUGGGUAUUAGCACGAAUCGAUUCAAAACUGGCACCCCCCCGAGACUCAAACGCGAUACGAUCAAUUACGACAUAUUGGAAGUCCAAUAUUCAGACGAACAUCCCAUUCCAUUCUCUUACCUAAACGUAGAUACAAGCAACUUGUUGAACCACGGUGUUAUACAAUGCUACAAAACACGAACGCACAAAGCUACUCAUAGCAUUGUACGAGAGAACUUACACUUGCUUCCAGACUACGAAAGCGGCUAUGGCAUUGGUCUAGGACCAAGAUACUGCCCUUCAUUACCAGCUAAAAUAACAAGAUUCCCAGACGUUAACCAUCAUAUAGUAUGGCUAGAACCUGAAGGUGUAGAUAGCCACCUGGUAUAUCCCAAUGGACUCUCAGGUGCAUUCCCGCAGGAAGUACAACUUAAGUUGCUCAGAACAAUACCUGGUUUAGAAAAUGUAGAAAUUGAUACGCCCGGAUAUGACGUUGAGUAUGACUAUAUCGAUGCCCGUUUGCUAAAGCAUACGCUAGAGUUUAAGCAUAUUAAACAACUGUACUUUGCUGGCCAAAUCUGCGGUACCACAGGAUACGAAGAAGCUGCAGGCAUGGGUAUAGUCGCUGGGUGUAAUGCAGCUCUGUCUAGUUUAAACACAAAUAAGGAAUUUGUGUUAAAUCGCAGUGACGGCUAUAUAGGCGUCCUUAUAGACGACCUAGUCCGUAAAGGAACUAAUGAACCGUAUCGCAUGUUUACUUCACGGGCUGAAGAUCGACUAUUUUUACGCAUAGACAAUGCCGACCUACGAAUGCUCAAAAAGGGAUUAUAUUGCGAGCUAAUCAAGAACCCUGAAAGAUUAAACAACAUUAGGGAGAAGUAUGUUAAAGUCCAAGCUGCCAUAAACCGUCUAAGGACUAUUAUAUUACCAAUGAAUCGCUGGGACCCCAGCUUCAAAAGUAGCGAAUCGAAGAAUGGAUGGGAUAUGCUAGGAACAUCUGGGAUGACCAUAGAUCGCAUAGAAGCCAUUGUUAACGAAUACUACCCCAAGGGGACGAUCGCUACGGUAUGCAAACACAAAAUGUCUACGGCAGAAAACGAAGGUCUGGCAAAGGCAUUCGAAACAGCUGAAGAGAAUUUAAAUACACAGGCAAACAAAAUAUCGGGAAAGCUUACUGAAUACAGUAUGCAGAUACGUAACGUUAUAGAAGCAAGAUGUAAAUAUGCGCCAUUUGUCGAGCGCCAAGCGAAGCAAAUGGAACGUACAUUACGAGGAGGCUCUGUACCAAUCUGUCCAGAUAUGGAAUAUACCAGGGAACAAUUUGCAUUCCUCUCCAAAGAAGAGGUAGAAGUGCUGAAUAAAUAUCGCCCUGGUACUAUCUCAGAAGCUGCAGAUCUACCAGGUGUAACCCCUGCAUCAAUUACAUUGCUUGCCGCGCAAAUUCACAAGACACAGAGAUAACAAGAUGUGUGAGCGUAUGAGUGCCUUAGGGCGCCGGGUC